AUGAGUAAAUUGAAGAGUUUAAAUCGGGAGUUCAUAUCAAAUCUCAAAACUCAUAAGAUUGUCACCAAUGCGAAACGAAAUCUCAUCUUAUCAAUUUUGAAAUCAACUACUACAAAGAGGGAAGCCAAAACAUAUUUGAGUAAAUAUCAAAAUCAAUUUGAUUUUGCUGAAAUAACUUUUGGUAAGGUUCAAAGUGACGAAAAUUCUUUAAAUAUCAGAGAUAAUCAACGGGAAUUAUUUAUAAAUCGUUUUCUCAACAAGCAAAAUCCAUUUGUUAAUAUAUAUGAUAAUGAAGAUACUAAACUACCCAAGAUACCUUUAAGGUUGGCCAUAUUCAAGAUCAAGUUCCCGGAUAUCCUGGCCUACACCUGGAAGCAAAUUGCAGAAACAUUUAGAAGGUUAGUUCAUCUUGGAAUUUCUCCAAUUAUAAUGCUAGAUUUUGAUCAUCUACCCAAAAAUACUUUUGCUCAUAAUGAAUCAUAUAUGAUAAACCAAACUAAUAAAAUAAUGAAUCAUUUGGGUAAACCAGAAGAUGAUUUCCAUGAUUUGAAAACUUCGAUGUUGAGGUCCACUUUUUCAAGGAAUUCACAUGGUGAAAUUAAAGUAGAUAGUUUAGAACUGAUAUUGAUACCAUUAUAUCAAGGAAUAAUUCCUUUGGUUCAACCAAUUGUUUACGAUUCAGAGUCAAGUCUACAGACACUGGGAAAUUCCCAUGACUUACUCUAUGCAUUAUGCUCGUCUUUACUUGAUAGAAAUGAUUUAUUAACCAUUGAGAAAGUAGUGAUGAUUGAUCCAAUUGGUGGUAUACCUUCGAUUGAAAGAAAUCAAACCAGUCAUGUUUUCAUAAAUUUAUCUCAAGAGUAUUCUGAUAUCGUUUCUGAAUUGUUCAUAGGUUUCAUCGAUCCAGAUGUUCGUGAUUUACAUGUAUCCAACUUAAGAGCCAUGAAUAAUAUUCUUAGCUUAGCCUCAAGCAAAUCUGGUCGUGACGAUACUACAGGUAUAAUUACCACUCCGCAUAUCAUGUCAAUCAAUAAUGAUCAAUUAAAUCCAAUCAUAUAUAAUGUUCUAACUGAUCGUGCCGUUAUAUCUUCGUCGUUACCCUCAUCCCAAGGAAGAACCCCGCAACUUUCAACUUCGAUAUUGAAAAAGGGUAUUGACGUCACAAUUCUUGAUGCCGACAAUUAUAUCGGAGAAUUUACUUUUAACAACCUAGUAAAGGAUGGUUUGGUGGAUAAAGACCGAAUGGUUCAUCUAAUAAACGAUUCUUUUGGCAAAGAGUUGAACGCAUCAACUUAUUUCGAAAGAAUUAACGAAUCCAUUGCCACCAUCGUUAUCGUUGGUGACUACGACGGCGCUGCAAUAAUCACUUGGGAAAACAUCGAUGACUCAACAGAUUCAGCAGCUUUCUCUUCAGGUAAAGUUGCAUAUCUCGACAAGUUUGCCAUUGCCAAAAAAAACCAAGGGUUACCGGGUCUUGCUGAUAUUAUCUUCAAAGUUAUUUUACAAUCGCAUUCGAACGAGUUGAUUUGGAGGUCUCGAAAGAAUAACCCCGUCAAUAAAUGGUAUUUCGAAAGAUGCCGUGGCUCAAUAAGCUUACCUGAUUCUCAAUGGAAAGCUUUCUACACCGGAGAGAUUUUCAAUAAGAAAAUUGAUAAGUCCAAACAACGACAACAAGUUGGCGCUGUUGACAUCAAGAAAAAGAUCCAUGAAUACACCAAAAUCGUGGAAGGAAUUGCUCCUUCUUUCUAA